AUGCCACCUGGUCAACAACCCAAGCCACCUCGUUACUCAUCGACUUACGAUGAUGAUACAUAUCAAUAUCGUCACGUGAUUUUGGAUAAAGAAAUGGUAUCUCUGAUGCCGAAAAACCGCCUGAUGAAUGAAAUGGAAUGGCGUGCGUUAGGAAUUAAACAAGGACCUCACUGGGAACAUUAUCUUAUUCAUAAGCCUGAACCGUUUGUACUGAUGUUUCGUCGUUUAUUAAAGUAUCGCGUUGAACCUGAUCCAGCUAUGCAACAGCAAAAUACUCAUUUUCCAACAACACGCAUGCCAGUGAGCGCAACGAUGAAUAUGUCAACAAGUUAUCCACUCGGAGAUUCGACCAAUACGAAAAAGACAUUAUCAACACGUAGCGGCAGUUCGACAACUGGUCUUCGGAUGAGUGCAGUGAAUCCCUAUAAAAUGACACAUGAUCAUAUUGAUGAAGACGACAAUGAACUUGAAGAAUCAGGCUUUGCUAGUCAUUGUGAAGAAUAG